AUGAUCGGCACAUACCAACUAGUUAAUAUGGCUAUAGGCGGAAAAGCAGCAGCAGCAGCAGCAGGACCCAGCUCACUCGUCUUCUUAUUUGGAAGCAGUCUUGCUCCCAUAGUUGCAUCCUGUGCUGUAACAAGUCUUCUAACGUCUAGUUCCACGUACAUGCUCUAUAACUGUUUUAAGAAGCUGAAUUUAACAGGGGAAAAACCACUCACAGAUAUAAUGCUAGAGCCAACAUUCAGCGAAUCAGUCGUGGAAAAGUACGGGAAAAUCAUGGAAAGAGCAGAGAAUCUUAUGAGAGGCGUAGAGCCCAGUGCCCUAACCGUUCUCGUAGUUCUUGCAGUUAUUUCCGGAGUAUUCGCAGCAGCAACAGCACUCGCAUACACAGUCCUCUACUCAGCCUCAAGAAUAGCGUAUGCAACGAGCAAAGUCCUCGAGAAGAUGGGCUUUGACAGCGUCAUAAACCACCCAGAGGAUGAAGAUGCAGGCCUAAAGAGAACAGAUACAGCAGAUGAAGAUGAAGAGUACUACAAUGUGAGUAUAAAUGAUGUUGGAAAAUACCAAAAUAUUUUCAAUAUUUCGAGCAGUAUCCUCUUAAAAGUAGCUGUUAUUUCUUCCUCCCUCGGCCUUAUGAGCUUCUUCUUCUUGUGGGGAGGAGCAGUCUUUCUGGGGAAAAUACUCCCAGAGCAGGCCGGAGAGAGUGUAAAGCCCCUUUUGCAGGUGCUGAAGGUGUACGCCCUCAUGGCGAUGGAUGCAGUGGGAAGUUCCCCCAGCGGAAAACGUCUUCCCGUUGCUUUGGUGAAGGGAUUUAUCGACUGGCUGGUUACUGUUGGAUUUGCGAUGAAAGUGUGUUUUAGUAACGUAGAGUACGUUAUAAGCACAGUUAUUUCCUUCAUUAUUAUCCUCGGAAUAGUCCCCACGUUCUACUCCCUCGCACGAAUAAACAGGUCAGAACAGACGCAGACACUGUCAACAUACGCUAUUCUGGCUGUGAAGGCUCUUUUCGCGCUUUUCCUCGGGGUUAUCACGCUCUUGGUGCUGCUGUACCCCCUUAGAGUAGCCACUCUCGUCUUCCCAGUGGCGAGAAAGGCUCUUCUCCAGGGACUCAGCAUCAUCGCAGGGAGUGCGAACAACACCCUCAGCAAGAUGGAGAACUUCUCGGGAAUAUCUGCAUAA